UGAGGACAAGCCCAGUGAUGUCUAUAAACCCUUUAUUGGCAGCAUCAGGACAGCAGAGGAUCCCAUUGGUUCCCUCACCAUUUGGGCCUCCAGUUGUGGACAGGGAUAUGUUGUCUUCCAGUAUUGCUCCAACUGACACAAGCCAGUUUUGUGUUCCUUCCCAAUAUGGAUCGCCUAUUCUUCCGAAUGCAACUAUGCCAAACCCGCUGUCGGGUCACUUCUAUUCAGGCUGGGGCAUUUUACCACCUGAACCCAUAAAGGCAAUGACCACAAGGAAUGAGAUGAUUGAAAGACACCACGCUGCCAGGGCAGAAAUAGAAAUGUAUUCUCUUUACCAGCAACGGAGAAUGGAAAGAGUUAAUCCCAGGGGACUCUCUGGCCUGGGGAUACCACUCUUUUAUGGGUCCAGUUGCCUGGCUGGUCCCGCAGGCUUCCAAGGCAGGAACGCAUUGCCUGCCAGCGAUCUGCAUGUGCACAGAAGCGCCCUCAGACACCUUCAGGGAAACCCUAUUCUGCUAGCAACUAGACCACACUUGACCGAGUGCUGGGGUCAGAAAUACCGACUCAGGAGAGGUUCCAUGUACCAGAAGCCUCUAGAGAGUGACACUGAGGGUUUCAAAAGUCAUGGAGAAGAAAAAAGCUCAGGCCAGAUGGCCGCGGUGCCCUGUGAAGAGGAAGAGUGUAUCAAGGAUCCGGAAGUCGAAGUAGACAACCAGCCGCAGCAGCCAAGGGAAACGGAUGAAAAGCCGACCACAGCCCUCACCAACCCUGGAGGCGGAGGCGAGCUCCAGCCAAACCAGAGAACCCCCUCUUCCCUGGAGGCAGGGCCGUGGGAUGGUGGAAAGUCCUCUGAACAGAGCUGUGAAGGCUGCGGUGAAAAGAAUGGGCUUUACCUGCCAGUUUCCAUACUGCCUCUGCCAGGAGCACACGAGCUGGCUGCACUUCAGGAAACACGUUCUCUGGCUGAUAUUCAGAAGUGGACAGUCGAAGACGUGCGUAACUUCAUCAGCAGCCUCCCAGGCUGCUCAGACUAUGCCCAGGUAUUUAAGGAUCAUGCAAUUGAUGGAGAAACACUGCCCCUUCUCACGGAGCAGCAUCUUCGAGGCACCAUGGGACUGAAACUGGGGCCAGCACUAAAAAUUCAGUCUCAGGUAUCUCAGCAUGUGGGAAAUGCGUUCUGUAAAAAAAUUCCUUCAGUUCCCACCCAUUCGAGGCAAGCAUUUGAUCAGCCAGCAGACAUGCCCCCUGUUUUGGAUAUUAAUUCCUGGAGUGACGGUUUCAGUGUUCCUGAUUCGCAGGAUAUAAUGAUUCCUAAAAGGACUGAGCAAGAGAGUAUGAGAAACUAAAAAAA